AUGGAUUUGGAGUUUCAAGAUAAUCGGUUUGGCGGCAUGUUACCCAACUCCAUAGCAAACUUGUCAACCCAAAUGACAAUGCUCCUAUUGGGAAAUAAUCAAAUAUUUGGAGACAUCCCAGUGGGGAUGGGGAGCCUUGUGAGCUUACAAGAAUUGGACCUAUCUGAUAACUUACUUGAAGGAAGUAUUCCGACUUCAAUUGGGAGACUUAAAAUGCUUUACAUGACCGAUUUACAUGGGAACAAAUUCGUAGGCCCAAUCCCUUCUUCUCUUGGAAACUUGACACUAUCAAUUGUGCUCUAUUUAGGUGCAAAUCGUUUGCAAGGAAAAAUACCUUCAAGUCUUGGAAAAUGCAAAUCUUUGUUAGGCUUGGACCUUUCUAGUAAUAAUUUCAAUGGUAUCAUCCCUGGAGAGUUAUUUGAUCUUUCCAUGUUAGUAGAGCUACACUUGAGUAGAAAUUCUUUCUUUGGUUCUCUACCUUUGGAAGUGGGUCAACUGAAAAAUGUUGAAAUGCUAGAUGUUUCUGAGAACAUGUUAUCUAGGGAAAUCCCUAGCACCCUUGGUGCUUGUACAAGCCUAGAGCACCUUUUUAUGGAGGGUAACUUAUUUCAAGGAUCUAUACCAUUGUCCUUGAGUUCUCUAAGAGGUCUUCAAAAUUUAGAUCUUUCAAACAACAACUUCUCUGGUUUUAUCCCAAAAUAUUUGGGUACAUUUAAGUUAUUACAGAACUUAAAUUUAUCAUUCAAUCACUUAGAGGGUGAGGUAUCAGUAGAUGGAGUCUUUGGAAAUUUCAGUGCAAUUUCAGUCAUUGGAAACAAUAGGCUUUGUGGAGGUAUACCAGAACUUCAUUUGCCAGCUUGCCAAACUCAAAAGAUAAGAGAAAAUGGCAAGUCUCAUAUCUCUUACGCCCAACUCCUUAAAGCAACCGAAGGAUUUUCUUCUGCAAAUUUGAUUGGAGUGGGAAGUUUUGGUUCUGUGUAUAAAGGAGUUCUCAAUCAUGAGGAAACUAUUGUUGCGGUAAAGGUUCUCAACAUCAAACAAAGAGGUGCUUCCAAGAGUUUCAUGGUUGAAUGUGAAUCCCUUAAAAACAUUCGGCAUCGUAAUCUUGUAAAAAUCUUAACAUCUUGCUCAAGUAUAGAUUUUGAAGGCAAUGAUUUUAAGGCUUUAGUAUAUGAGUUUAUGCCCCUUGGGAAUUUAGAAAAGAGGUUACAUCCAAAUGCAAAUAGCAUACAAGAUGAACAUAGGCAUUUAAACCUUGUUCAAAGAUUGAAUAUUGCCAUUGAUAUUGCAACAGCAUUGGAUUAUCUUCACCACCAUUGUCAUACGCAAAUUAUUCAUUGUGAUAUAAAGCCAAGCAAUAUUCUUCUCGAUGAUGACUGGACUGCACAUUUGGGUGAUUUCGGGAUAUCAAAAAUUCUUUCAAAAGUCACAAGUAGAUCUCAAAAUCACACAAGCUCGAUUGGAAUAAAGGGAUCUAUUGGAUAUAUUGCACAGAAUUUUCUCCUACUCUCACUAGCUAUAAAAGUACUAACCGAAGAUGCAAAAAUUGCAGAGUAUGGUGCAGGUGCUGAUAUUUCAAGACAUAGUGAUAUCUACAGUUAUGGGAUUCUCUUGUUAGAGAUGUUCACAGGGAAAAGGCCUACUCAUGAAAUGUUCAAAGAUAACUUUAGUCUUCACUAUUGGGCUGAGAUGGCUUUGCAUGAUGGAGCAAUGGCUGUAGUUGAUCUAUCACUUCUCCCCAUGGAAGAAGAAGAAGAAGAUUCAUCAACAACUAUAACCAAUGUCAUUGGAAGUCGAAGAUGCAUGAUAGAUAGAAUGCAAGAGUGCCUUAAUUCAGUCAUUAGAAUUGGAGUUGCCUGCUCAGCUGAAUCACCAUGGGAUCGAAUGGACAUAAAUGAUGUGAUCAAAGAGCUAAAUCUGAUCAGUAACAUUUAUCUUGGAGUUGGAACUCACCGAAGAAGAUGA